AGAUUGUGGGGUCGGCCGACUACACGAUUGAUAAUAGUAUCGAUAUGUUUUCGUAUUAUACAAAAAGGCAUCGAUUGUCACAAAUUGUCUUUGAAAAAACUGGCACACAACAAUUUUAAACAAACAAUUAUUAAUAUAAAGUAAUUCUUAUCAUCUGCAACGAGAGAUCAUGUCAGCGAGCAAGGAAACUGGCAUUGGUACUGAUCCAGAGGAUGCUAAGAAGCUUCAGCUGGACAAGGGUGACAAAAUCGCUUUGAAGGAUUUGCUGGAGAAGCGCUUAAUUGAAUGUGGUUGGCGCAAAGACAUUGAGCAAAAGAUACGCAACACUCUGGAGGAACGUGGCUUGGCCAACGUAACACAUGAGCAGCUUUCAGCAGAGAUCAUUCCACAAGCUCGUGCCUUGGUGCCCGAAGUUGUACGCAAGGAAAUGUUGCUACGCGUGCGCGAAGCUUUGGAGUCCCCUUUCGGAUCAUCGGAAAAGUGAUAGUUGACAACUGAUUCGGAUUCUGAUUGCACCCCCCCCCAAAAUACACUGCCAAAGCAAAAUUGUUUUAAAUUUGUUGGUUCAUUUGUUCAUCUGAGAGACUGGUAGAAAUAUAUAGUCAGAGGUUAAAUUCUA